AUGUCGCCUAGUAGAAGCAGAUAUACGGGCUCAUACCCAUACGCUUGCUCUAUGGUCUAUGACCUGCGGAAUUAUACUGACGAAACCAUGUGGGGCCCGUUUCUUGAUCAACAGGCAACGGUGGACUGGGAAAAGAUGGAGGCGGUGAUGAUAGUGCUCCAAUAUCAUCUUCACGGGCAUAACAAUUAUGUGAUGCAACCCCCUUGGCUAGGUGCUUCAGUCGAUAGUUUCAAGUCAGUCCUACUUCCGAAAAUAGGCACUGCUUCUUUGCCGUCUAACCCCGAUGAUCCGUACGAUGUUACUGGUUCUUGGAUACGCGUCGUGUGCUUCUUAGAUUACCAAGAAUUAUCCCAUUACAACUUCGGACACGAUGAUAUCCUACCAGAGGAGCCCCGUGGGUCUCUAUAUAAACCCCAAUCAAUUCGUCUUAUCAUGAUGAAAUUGCAAGUUACGAAGAUUGAAGAGGCUGAUUCGGGGGAUGGCCAAGUCGCCCCCGUAGUCUACUUUGAAGGGACUUCUAGAUCUCUCCAUAUUCCACAGAACGCGAAUGCGAACUCCAAUAUUCGGGGAUCGGUGAGGCAGACAUCGGAAGGCGAGAUUAGGUGGACCACGUAUUCGAUUUAUAAUGGGGAAGAGAGAUGGAAGAGUGAAGGCAUUCAAGUAGGCGGUCCUCGCUCUUCUGGUAGUGUUAUGGGUCAUUGGUUUGAUAGGGAUAUGGAUCCUCACGGCCCCGUUGGCCCAACCAUGUUUUGGAAGGUUAGUAACAACAUUAAUGACUUACCGGGUGACGAAUUGGUUGUCAGGAUGGGGGCAUGGACCGCGGAUUACGAGAGCGAGGGCGAGUGGGAGGAGAAUGGGGAGGAUGAUGAAGGUGGGCUUGUUAUUUAUACGUAG